AGUGUGAAAGCCAUCCUUGUGCUGGGUGAUUGGCUUCAAUACAGUUUUUAGGACAAGGAGAGAGCUUCAGUUCAUCCUAUCGUCAACCGAAGACUAUUGAACCAAGGCGAGGUAUCCGCUUCGUCGCUCGUUUACUUAAUUAGGGUUUCUUGAUCCUUUCUCCCUCAUAGUCGAAGGUCUUUAGGAUGGACGAGAUUGCAAAAAUGGAUAGUCAUCUCUCAUCUGCGGCAGCUUUUGUUGAAGGAGGCAUACAAGAUGUUUGUGAGGAUGCCUGUAGCAUAUGUCUUGAAGCUUUCUGUGAUAGCGACCCGUCAACAGUGACGAGCUGCAAGCAUGAAUUCCAUCUCCAAUGCAUUUUAGAGUGGUGUCAAAGAAGCUCUCAGUGUCCUAUGUGUUGGCAGCCUAUCAGCUUGAAGGAUCCUGCUAGCCAAGAACUUCUUGAAGUUGUAGAGAAGGAACGGGAAAUUAGGGUUAGGGUUAAUCAAACUCGGAGCACGGCUAUUUUUCACCACCCUGCACUAGGAGAUUUUGAAUUGCAGCAUUUACCAGUUGGUACAACUGAGAGUGAACUUGAAGAACGCAUAAUCCAACACUUGGCCGCCGCUGCUGCCAUGGAUAGAGCUCAUCAUAUUGCAAGAAGAGAAGGGCAGCGUGUUAGGUCGGCAGCUCAUGGACGCCCCCAGUUUGUAGUAUUCUCCACAAAUCCAAAUGCAUCUUCUAUUACUUCUGUUACUGCCUCCUCUUCUCCAAGUGGGGAUGAUGAACCAGCUGCUGCUGUGGCUUUUGAUAGCCAUUCAGUUUUGGUGACUCCUAGUGGAGAGGAAGUUUCAAAUGUAACUUCAUCUCAAGCAGAGCUGGUUACUGAUGUGUCAUCUGGUUCUAAUAUUGGUAAUGCCAAUAGGACUCCCCUUUUAAACAACCGUUUCUCCGCUGGCCAAUCAACUCCAGUUGGCCAUGAUAGAGCAGGACCAUCAGAUUUUCAAUCUUUUUCAGAAUCUCUAAAAUCUCGUCUAAAUUCUGUCUCAAUGAGGUACAGAGAGUCGAUUACUAAAAGUACUCGUGGAUGGAAGGAGCGAUUAUUCUCUCGGAACUCUUGCAUGGCAGAUAUUCGGUCUGAAGUUAGGAGGGAAGUUACUGCUGGAAUUGCCAGUGUCUCACGUAUGAUGGAGCGCUUAGAUACAAGAGAAAGUGGAAGGAAUGCUGAUGCAUCCAAUGCACAAACUGCUGUUAUUCAUACUGACUUAGAACAGACCAGCGAGAGGGCUGCUGAGGAUCAUACUAGUGUUCUUCCUACUGCUAGUACUGCACCUACUUUCUAUGCAGCCACCUCUGGUUCCAAUUAGGCUGCUAUGCAUUUCCUUAGAUCUGCCCGUUCCGUCUUCUUCUAUCCUUUAAGGUUGCUAUUAUCCGUCCGAGUAAAUGAUAUUGCGAGAAAAUGGCGAGAAGAAUUUCACUGCAGACUUCGGAAAGAACUGCUUACGUUCCCCUUUUCUCGUUCAAAAGCCUCUUGAUUCUUCAAUCUGUUAAUAUAUGCUUUAUACUCCCAAAAAAGAGCUAAUGCUUCCAUUUGAAUAUAUGCAGAUAACGGCUUCUGCUUUCGUUUACUCUGGUUAUAGGUACCCCCUUCAAUUCCCAAUAUAUCUUCGUAUAGCUUUGUGUUUUUAAGUGUUGUGGUUGAUACAGUAAAGGUUUAAACUUCAAUGGAAAAAUUUUAUUAUGAUGGAUUUCAAGACAUCACUGUCAUUUAAUUUUUA